AUGUUUGAGGGUACAGUCGAUAUCAACUGGAACGUAAGGAUCAACUGGGAAUCAAACUCAAUGUUGCGAGCUCCAAAAGCGAUCCUGAAAGGCCUGCGGGUAAGCAAAGAUUUGAAUUCGAGAUUGGCAGAGAAACGGCCUGUGCGAGCACGAACCAAAGGGAGGUGCCAAGCCGAAGUGUACAAAUCUUAUGGUGGGGAAGUUCAAAUCAAUCCAUCGAAAGAGAACCAUCUCAGUCUAAAUGGAAGUGGACCAAGUAGUUUCAUAGGAAGAAAUGUGAAAGUAGGCGCUACAAAGCGCCCAGAACCAGAAUUCAUUGAAAAUGGAGUUCUUAGUACCGGUCAAGUAGAAAUAAUAUGA